UGGCGGCGGCAGAGAGCGCGGCGCCGCCACCGCCCCUCUCUAUCGUCGCGGCGCCGAGAAGGCCUCAUCACUGCGCGACGGCGGCGACAGAAAGCCCGGUGGCCCGGCUCAGCCCCUCCCGGUACCUCACGGCUCGGACCGGUACCUCACGGCCCCUCACGAGCGGUGUUUCUGAGCCUGAGUCUUAUUGUUGAGCCUAAUGGGUUUUCUCCUUCCAGAGCAUUCCUGUUAAGAUUGCUUCCAUAAAGACAUGACCACGCAGUACGGUAUUCUCUUCAAGCAAGAGCAAGCUCAUGAUGAUGACAUCUGGUCAGUUGCCUGGGGAAAGAACAAAAAGGAUGGUUCUGAAAUUGUGAUCUCUGGUUCUUUGGACGAUCUAGUGAAGGUCUGGAAGUGGAAUGGUGAAAAAUUGAACCUACAGUGGACGUUAGAGGGUCACCAACUAGGUGUGGUAUCUGUGGAUAUCAGCCACACAGGUUCCAUUGCAGCAUCCAGCUCCCUAGAUGCCCAUAUUCGCCUUUGGGAUUUAGAAACUGGCAAACAGAUCAAGUCAAUAGAUGCUGGACCUGUUGAUGCUUGGUCUCUGGCUUUUUCACCUGAUUCCCAGUACCUUGCAACAGGAAGUCAUGUGGGAAAAGUAAAUAUUUUUGGUGCUGAAACUGGAAAAAAAGAAUAUUCUCUGGAUACCAGAGGAAAGUUCAUCCUUAGCAUUGCAUAUAGUCCAGAUGGGAAAUACUUAGCCAGUGGAGCGAUAGAUGGCAUUAUCAAUAUUUUUGAUAUUGCAACUGGAAAACUUUUGCACACGCUAGAAGGUCAUGCGAUGCCUAUUCGUUCACUGACAUUUUCUCCAGAUUCUCAGUUACUUGUAACUGCUUCAGAUGACGGCUAUAUCAAAAUCUACGAUGUACAGCAUGCAAACUUGGCUGGCACAUUAAGUGGUCAUGGAUCCUGGGUAUUAAAUGUAGCAUUUUGUCCUGAUGAUACCCAUUUUGUUUCCAGUUCAUCUGAUAAAAGUGUAAAAGUUUGGGAUGCCGGAACAAGAACCUGUGUUCACACUUUCUCUGACCACCAAGAUCAGGUUUGGGGAGUGAAAUACAAUGGAAGUGGGUCCAAAAUUGUAUCUGUUGGAAAUGACAAAGAAAUCCAUAUCUAUGAUUGUCCUGUUUAAAUGUCUUUGGUUAACACUGCAAUCCUGUUUUUUUGUUUUUUUUUGUUUAUUUUAUAAAAAGCAUUUUAGUAAUGCUGAUCUGAUUUCCCACUGAAAAUCAGAAAUUUAUAUGCAAUCUUUAUUGUUGAGCAUGAAAGAAAGCUUUACUUUUUUAAAAUAAAAGCUAUAGUUGCAAGUAA